GCGCGCUUUGACAACGGAGGGGGAGGGGGGGGAGGGCGGAAAACGUUGUUCGAGACGACGGAGAAGAGCGGAUCACCGUCGUCGACGAAAAUCAUCGCGAGAGUUUCGCGUCAUGAGGGCCUAGCGUUCGACACCGUGGGUCAUCGUGGGUCGUCAGCGUCGGGCGUGCGAGAAGGGACGGCGGCGCGCCGGCGGAAGCCCGGAUAGUAGGAGGAGGAGGCGCACCCGACAACAUGGCCGCCGCCUGCUACGAGAAGGAAGUGGUGGUAGGUGCCGCCAUUCACCACGGACAUGGACACCACCAUCACCACCAUCACCAUCACCAUCAUCAUCACCAUCAUCACGGUAACGGAGUCGUCGCGUCGUCCGGCGUCGCCGUCGGCGGGGUAACCGGGCAGACAGUCCUACCGGCGACGUCUACAGGCCUCGACGAUACUACCGUCGCGACCGCCGCUGCUACUUCCGCUUCGAGCAACCCGUCGUCGUCGGUGAACGCUGUUGCGAAUGUUACCAAUGUCAAUGCCGUCAACGCCAACUCGCUAAUGAUCCAUCCGUGCUACUAUCGACGCGCCGAGCGCGAGAGGAGGAGCCCUUUCGUCAAUAAUUUGCCGCCCCCGGCGGUGCCGGCGACGACGCCUAUGUCCGCCUCCCGCAGGAACGGUCGCAGGAGCGCUGCGACGGCAUCCGCCUCCACCGGCAUCGCCGCCGUCACAGUCGCCACCGCGGCGGUCGCGGUUGCGGCGACUUCCUCGACGACAACGACGGUUGUCCCACCGUCGAAUAACAUCGUCGUUUCCUCCAACGUUGUAUCUGCUUCCGUUGUGUCACCGGCGACGUCUAUCGCAUCGUCCUCGGUCGCCGCGGCAGUGGUAGCUGCCGCGGAUUCCGGUAGCGGUCUCAUAUCCACCAGCGGUCAGAUGUCCGCUGUCACCAUGGCUGCAGCCUCCUAUCGUGCGGCACUCAAUGUUGCUGCCACGUUGUCUCAACAACAACAGCAGCAGCAGCAGCAGCAGCAGCAGCCAUCUCAGCGACGGCAUCAUCCCCAGCAGCAACAGCCACCGCAGCAACAGCAGCAGCAGCAGCAACAACCACCAACUCAUCAUCAUCAUCACCAUCAUCACAGGAAUCAUACUCAUGCUCCUCAUCCGCACCAACAGCAGCAGCAGCAGCAGCAUCAUCCCCAGCAACAACCUCAACAACGACCCGUAACACCAACGGCAUCCGGUCCCGCCGACCUCAUCUCCGCCGACGAGAAGGCAGUCAUAUCAGGUAUUUAUCAACAUUACUUCCGCGCCAUGCGCGCCCACAAUCAUCAACACCGCCAGCAGCACCAGCAGCAACAGCAGCAGCAACAUCGUACCACUACCACUCAUCAGCUCCAUCAUCAACCUCACCAAAGCGAUCGAAGUUCCUCCUCUUCGUCGUCGGUCACGUCUCCGACGUCCGCGUCGAUCUCCGGUAUUCUACGACAGACUUAUCAGCAGGCAUACAGCAAUAUCACGGCCACGAGCUCGAGCUCGGGCAGCCAUCAUCGUGUUGGCACAUCGGCGGUCUCGGCGAUCGCCCAUCAUCCCUAUAGGCGACCGUCGGUGACGUUGCUGUCGCGAACGGCCUCGCAUAUCGGCCAGCAGGCUUCCUCUUCCUCGUCCUCAUCCAUCUUCGGUGCUUCCAACGGCGUUUCUGCCGCGGCUGGCGUCUCCAGCGUAUACGCGAGCACGAUACACAGGCAUCACGCGACUUCCCUGCACGCUCUCCAAGCCGCCGCCGGCUUCUACGAGACGCCGAGUUAUCACGCCCUUCUGCCUCAAAGUUAGACGACAGCCAGAUGUCCGGGCGGUUUCGCGGCGUUGGAUGUCUACGCGUGAACA